AUGUAUAAAUUUUGCUCUAGUUCUGAUAAUAAAUCAUCGGAAACUAAAAAUGUUAAUUAAGUACUUGUUAAUAAAAAAUCAAAUUUGAAUACAAAUUUAGAUAAUCUAAUGACUUUACUUGAUAUUUUAGAUGAUUAGUUGGAUGCAAAUUUUAUAUCAAAAUAAUAAUAGUAGAAUCAAGAAAUUAUUUAAACUUAAACUAACUAAAAUGAAUUACAAUACUAGUAGGAAUUAGAAGGAAUCAAUAAAAAAUUAUAGAGAAUUAUACUGGAUUUAAAAGCUGCAGAAUAAAAUAGGAUUUUUGAAAAAUAAGAAGAAAUGGUCAAAAAAUUUGAAGAAUUAAAGAAUUUUGCAAAAGAACAAUAUUUAAAAAUAUUGCUAAAAACCCCCAAAAUUUUAAAAGAUAAUAAUUUUGUAUUAACUCGUGAAAUCCUUGAAAAGGUAUCAACGGAUUCUUUAAUUGAAUUGUAGGAGCAAUUGAUAUAACUUGAAAAAUGGUAAGAAAUAGUCAAUUUUUAUCAAAAUAAUUAAAUUAUGUGA